CUUGUAGCUUGCUUCUGGAAGUGAAUGUCCUUAGAUUCUCUUAUAACAGUCUCUUCUUUACAACGGAUUCUGUUAUUUAUUUAUUUGGGGCAUGUGAUUCUUUCUUGCGAAAUAUGGUCAUUGUGUAUUAUGCUUUGCCUGUAACAUAAUUAUGGAGAUCUUUGUGCUUCUUCAAUUUUGCACUCCUGAGAUGCCUUCUAGUUCUACAGAAUAAUAUCCAUUUUCUUGUAGUAGUUGAUUAUUUUUCUCCUUUGUAAGUAUUUAUUUGUUAUUGUUGAUUUACAGUUCUUUUGUUUAAUUGACAGUCCAUGUGUGAGAUAUUUUUCUAUCCAUAUAUUGCCUUUUUCACAUACAGCCUAAUGAUAACCUUGUUCCAGAAUGGCAACCUACCAAAAAUUGCAAUCACGAUCAAGGAAAUGUCUGCUCCUGUUAUUGAGGGUAACGAUCAAGUCACUGGCCACAUCAUUUCCACCACAAUUGGAGGCAAAAAUGGUGAACCAAAACAGACCAUCAGUUACAUGGCAGAACGGGUUGUUGGCACCGGCUCAUUUGGAAUUGUUUUUCAGGCAAAAUGCUUGGAAACUGGUGAGAGCGUGGCAAUAAAGAAAGUCUUGCAAGACAGGCGGUAUAAAAACCGUGAGCUGCAAUUGAUGCGUUUAAUGGAUCAUCCGAAUGUGGUGUCUCUGAAGCACUGUUUUUUCUCCACUACAACUAAAGAUGAGCUUUUUUUAAAUUUGGUUAUGGAGUAUGUUCCUGAGACUAUGUACUGGGUUCUCAGGCACUACAGCAGUAUGAACCAAAGAAUGCCCCUUCUCUAUGUGAAACUCUAUACAUAUCAAAUUUUCAGAGGGCUGGCAUAUAUCCAUGCUGUUCCAGGGGUUUGCCAUAGAGAUGUGAAGCCUCAAAAUCUUUUGGUUGAUCCUCUUACCCAUCAGGUUAAGCUUUGUGAUUUUGGGAGUGCAAAAGUCCUGGUAAGAGGUGAAGCUAACAUAUCGUAUAUAUGUUCUCGUUACUACCGGGCUCCAGAACUUAUUUUUGGGGCUACAGAGUAUACCAUGUCAAUUGAUAUUUGGUCUGCUGGUUGUGUGCUUGCCGAGCUUCUUUUGGGCCAGCCUUUGUUUCCAGGAGAAAAUGCAGUUGACCAACUUGUAGAGAUUAUCAAGGUUCUUGGUACUCCAACGCGAGAGGAAAUUCGAUGCAUGAAUCCCAACUAUACAGAUUUCAGAUUCCCUCAGGUUAAAGGCCACCCGUGGCAUAAGGUUUUCCACAAGCGUAUGCCUCCUGAAGCAAUUGACCUUGCAUCACGCCUUCUUCAGUAUUCACCAAGUCUUCGAUGUACUGCACUGGAAGCAUUAGCACAUCCUUUCUUUGAUGAACUCCGAGAGCCUAAUGCUCGCCUUCCAAAUAACCGCCCUUUACCCCCACUUUUCAACUUUAAACAAGAAUUAGCUGGAGCUUCCCCUGAGCUAAUCAACAGGCUGAUUCCCGAGCAUGUGAGGUGGGAGGUAGGUCUUGGUUCUGCUGGUACGUAAAUAAUAAUAAGAUACAAUACAAGGAAUCAACACUUCUAUUAAUGGAUGGAUUCAAAGUGAAGGAUGGACCUCCUGGAAACUAAACCAAGCUCUCUGGCCAAUUAAGUGGAUUUCUUGGUUUUUUUGGGGCUUAACAUGGAAGUUGGCGGUUAUCUGUCUACAUUGUGAUUUCAGCUGUAACAUACCAUUCCCCUGCUUUUGUUUGUUGUUAUGGUCAGUAAAAUUCAAAAAGGUUAUGGAAUCCACGUCUAGCUAGGUAAAGGGCAAAGGCUGAAGGAGUUCUGGUAGUUUGGCUUGUUUCUUAAACGUUGUGCUAUUUUUAUUUGUUUGUUGAAGCAUGUGGACAUAAACUAGAUUUUAUCAAUUUAUUCUCCUUUUUGUGUUUUUUUUUUGGGUCUAUCGAGUUAUUAGUGCAAUCUGAGUUUUGUUUGGAACCUUAUAAAUGGCAAGUUGCUGGAUUGUGUUUGGCACUG